AUGAAAUUAGAUGAAAAUAAUGACAAGAAAAAUGAAGAAGUUGAACAAAAAAAUAUAUCUCAAAGGAUGAAAAAAUUAUGUUCUAUAUUGAAUAGUCCCAUUAUAGAUAUAAAUGAAUUAAAAAACAUUUUGUGGGGGGGUAUAUCAGACGAAGUACCUUUUAUGGUUAGAGAACGAUGUUGGAAGCUAGCGCUUGGAUAUUUACCUUUGAAUACUGAUGAUACUCAAAAAGUAUUAAAAAAGAAAAGAGAUGAAUAUGAAAAUUUAAAGAAGCAAUAUUAUAAUAAAAUGAAAUUAUCAGAAGAUGAAUUAAAAAUAUUACGACAGAUAAAAGUAGAUAUCCCAAGAACGAAAUCAUGUUAUAAUAUAUUUAUUAAUAAAAAAAUACAACAAUUGAGUGAACAUGUUUUAUUUAUAUAUUCGGUUAGACAUCCAGCAUGUGGUUAUGUUCAGGGUAUUAAUGAUUUAAUAACCCCAUUUUUGGUUGUAUUUAUAAGACCAAUAAUAUUAAAAAAAGAAAUAAAUUCUGAUGAUAUAGAUAAUAUGACAGAUGAAGAUUUAAAGAAUGUUGAAUCAGAUUUAUAUUUCUGUCUAUCUAAAUUAUUAGAACAAAUACAAGAUAAUUAUACAUUUGGUCAACCAGGAAUACAAAGAGCUAUAAUAAAAGUUAAAGAAAUUGUUAAAAGGAUUGAUAAUUCAUUAUUUAAUCAUAUAUAUAAUAAUAAUAUUGAUUUUAUUCAAUUUUCAUUUAGAUGGGUUAAUUGUCUUCUAUUAAGAGAAUUUCCUAUUAAUAUAUCAGUUCGAUUAUUAGAUACAUAUAUAAGUGAUAUAUCUGAUAUAUUUACAGAUUUUCAUCCAUACAUAUGUGCAGUUUUUUUAGUACACUGGUCAAAAAAUCUACAAAAAAUGGACUUUCAACAAAUGCUAUUAUUUAUGCAAAGAUUUCCUACGCAAAAUUGGAAAAUACAAGAUAUAGAAUCUAUUUUGUCAGAAGCUUUUGUUUUAAAAAAUGCCUUCCAGUCUUCACCCAAGCACUUCUCAUAA